AUGCACAAUGCGACUAUUGACGAAGAACUUGCCAACAACCGUUGGUAUGCCUUGAAGCAAGAGGAAAUUAAGGUCUUGGUCGAAGAAUUGUGUGACAAGCUCACGAGUGCGAUGCAGAAGUAUUCGUCCGUCGACCAACGCUUCCAGGAUUUGAUCGAUGCAGCAGAAAUCGCAAGAAAACUACCUGACAUCAGGUAUUACAGUGUGGCAGUACUUGGAGAGCAAGGUAUCGGUAAGAGCUCUCUUAUCAAUGCAUUAUUCGAACGAGGCCUCCUGGAUCGAUCGGGUUCUUCGAAGGCAUGCACGGCUUAUGCAACAGUCCUGGAGUACAAGCCCGGAGCUACCGACCACACUACUCUGAGCGAUCUUCUAGUUGUGUUCUUCAACAAAGAGGAAAUCAAGGAUUGCAUCAAAGAACAAAUGGAUCGAUGGGUCGAGGUCUAUCCUGGCGUCGACAAGAAUCGCCAACCCCUUCAAGGCGAAGACGAGAACGAUCCUGACGACGACAAUGCUACUCAGCCGCCAAGUAAAACGACUUCCAAGACCAUGUCGCGUGCAAUCACCACCGCUAAGGAAUUCUUCGAGAUCAUCUUUAACGUACAGAAAGAUAAGCAGGCGAGUGUCGAGCUUGAGAGGAUGCUCUAUCAUACGAACAUCAAAGAGGGAAACUUCUUUAAUGAUUGUUGCAAACGUGCCAAUGAUCGAUUCGCGCAACUUGCAACAGACAUGAGCGAAAGAGACCUUCACAACCGGACUGCACACUUCAAGAAUAUUCCCGACAACAGGCUGGGCAGAAAAACAGCCAGAAUCAAGGAGUUGUGGCCAUUUGUGAAAGUCGUAACCAUUGCGACCGGCCACAUACUUUUGCGGCAUGGAUUACGCCUCUUCGACUUACCAGGCUAUGGUGAUACGAGUCAGCUGCGUGAAGGCGUGAUCAACAAUUUCCGCUGGAAGGCUGACUUCGAGAUGGUGGUCGCGCCAUGUUCUCGACUGCAGACUAGUGUCUUGCACGAUGAGUAUAUUGAUCGAUCGAUCCAUCUCAAAGGAGCGAACAAGACUAUACUAGUAAUGAACAAGGCCGAUGAACUCAUCAACGAAGACAACAUGGGUACACAGAUUCGACAGAUUAAUGAACACCCGUUCCCAGCGCUGAAUGCACGUCUGGAAGAGAUUGACAAUCUCGAUGACGAAGGUAUUGCGGAACCUGAAGUCGUAUCCGAUAUGCUGGAUGAGCUGCUGAGAGAAGCCACGAUUGCUUACAUAAAGUAUGAAACUGCAAAUGUGCAGCGACAGAUGCAUCCAAAAGGAAUCAAGGUCUUCUCGGUAUCCGCACUUGCUCACACUUCUUCAAGAAGCCGCAUUCAGAGAGACACUCCGAUCCUUGACGAUACCACGGCUGGAAUCUACGCGUUAAGGCAUUUCCUGGCUACAUUGCCAGCAGCCACCAACUAUCGGGAUUUCUACGAACAUGUCCACGCUACGCUACCAUCAUUCCGAAGACAAGCUGAAAGACCUUUGGAGAAGCACAUAGAAGACAAGAGUUAUGCUAAGAUGCGACGCGAUUUGAAGGCUCAGAUCGAACCAGUUCGGAAUACCUUGAAGAAUCUGGCAGGCAGUCCCCUACAGUCCCUGGUAGGAAAGCCUUGGUCUCAAAACGAGGAACAAAGUAUCAUAAGUGGCAUACAGCAGCUGGUGCAGAACUCAUGGGUCCAUCCCUUGAUCUACUACCCGGGCUUUGCAAAGAUGCUCGCGGAGAACGGAAAACCAGUCUCCGGAAAAUAUAAGGGUUACAACAUGAACUACGAGCUCCUUGGUACCAUGAAAUUUUUUUUGGACAAUUGGUAUAACAACUUGAACGCCAGCACCGUGGAAUUCGCUAUGAGUCUGUACAGGGUGCUUCAAAAAUUGUUGCAGGCAACUCGAUCGGCCAUCACCCAGUCAUCCGCACACCCGGAUUUGAAACUAAGAGCUACUGAAGAGUUGGCCCUAGUAGAACGACGCGUCCAGGCGGCAUAUGACAUGUUGCUCGCUAGUCUUCGCGUCUCGCUUGGAGAAACUCAUCUGCGAUUCACCACGGAGAUCGACAUCUACUGUCCAAUAGCAACUGCAAUGAAGGCCUCCUACGACCUAGCCUCCGAUCGAAACAUGGUUGGCGCUGGCCCAGGAAUUUACAACAGGCAACGACAAGCGCUACAGAACUCGAUCAUCGGCAACCCAACCUAUGGAAACUACGGCUAUGGCCCGCCUGGCGAGGCGUUGCGUCCACUUCUCAAGAAUAUCGAAGAAAAGCUUCAGACCCAGCAGAGAGACGCGUGGAAGACCGAUUGCGAUGCCUUUGUCACCAGCGCUGUUGACCUUAUUGAGGGAUUCUCAAAUACUGCUGAGCAGCUUCUUAUGAACUCCUCGUAUGUGACUGAGGAGCACAAGCAGGCUCGUGGCGAGCUCAGGAAGCUGCUCAAUGACUUCGACAUGAGCCUUGAAGAUGUUCAGAGCCGAUUCAUCGGCGGAGAAGAGGAGCAUACUGAGAAGAAGAUCAAGCGCGAGCAGACUGAAGAUGAGGCAUUAGUCGCACCAUCUGCUCGCGAUCCGCUGGUCCCUUCGGUGCCAAUCUCGCAGAAUGAAGGUUGGACUCAGUUCCGCGAGUGGUUUGGUGGCGGUCGCCCUGGACAGUGA